GACAGCGGCAUUGAUCAAUCUUACAGCUAACAUGUUGUACCUGGAAAACAAUGCCCAGACUCAAUUUAGUGAGCCACAGUACACGAACCUGGGGCUCCUGAACAGCAUGGACCAGCAAAUUCAGAACGGCUCCUCGUCCACCAGCCCCUACAACACAGACCACGCGCAGAACAGCGUCACGGCGCCCUCACCCUAUGCGCAGCCCAGCUCCACCUUCGACGCCCUCUCGCCGUCGCCCGCCAUCCCCUCCAACACCGACUACCCGGGCCCGCACAGCUUUGACGUGUCCUUCCAGCAGUCCAGCACAGCCAAGUCGGCCACCUGGACGUAUUCCACCGAACUGAAGAAACUGUACUGCCAAAUUGCCAAGACAUGCCCCAUCCAGAUCAAGGUGAUGACCCCACCUCCUCAGGGCGCUGUCAUCCGUGCCAUGCCUGUCUACAAGAAGGCUGAGCAUGUCACCGAGGUGGUGAAACGGUGCCCCAACCACGAGCUGAGCCGGGAAUUCAACGAAGGACAGAUUGCCCCUCCUAGUCAUUUGAUUCGAGUAGAAGGGAACAGCCAUGCCCAAUACGUAGAAGACCCCAUCACAGGAAGACAGAGUGUGCUGGUACCUUAUGAGCCACCCCAGGUUGGCACCGAAUUCACGACGGUGUUGUACAAUUUCAUGUGUAACAGCAGUUGUGUUGGAGGGAUGAACCGCCGUCCAAUUUUAAUCAUUGUUACUCUGGAAACCAGAGAUGGGCAAGUCCUGGGCCGACGCUGCUUUGAGGCCCGGAUCUGUGCUUGCCCAGGGAGAGACAGGAAGGCGGAUGAAGACAGCAUCAGAAAGCAGCAAGUCUCGGACAGCACAAAGAACGGCGAUGGUACGAAGCGCCCUUUUCGUCAGAACACACAUGGCAUCCAGAUGACAUCCAUCAAGAAACGAAGAUCCCCAGAUGAUGAACUGUUAUACUUACCAGUGAGGGGCCGUGAGACUUACGAAAUGUUGCUGAAGAUCAAAGAGUCCCUGGAACUCAUGCAGUACCUUCCUCAGCACACGAUUGAGACCUACAGGCAGCAGCAGCAGCAGCAGCACCAGCACUUACUUCAGAAACAGACCUCUAUGCAGUCUCAGUCUUCAUAUGGUAACAGCUCCCCUCCUCUGAACAAAAUGAACAGCAUGAACAAGCUGCCUUCCGUGAGCCAGCUUAUCAACCCUCAGCAGCGCAACGCUCUCACUCCUACCACCAUUCCUGAUGGCAUGGGAGCCAACAUUCCUAUGAUGGGCACCCACAUGCCAAUGGCUGGAGACAUGAAUGGACUCAGCCCCACCCAAGCCCUCCCUCCCCCACUCUCCAUGCCAUCCACCUCCCACUGCACCCCCCCACCUCCGUACCCCACAGAUUGCAGCCUUGUCAGCUUCUUAGCGAGGUUGGGCUGCUCAUCAUGUCUGGACUAUUUCACGACCCAGGGGCUGACCACCAUCUAUCAGAUUGAGCAUUACUCCAUGGAUGAUUUGGCAAGUCUAAAAAUCCCUGAGCAAUUUCGACAUGCCAUCUGGAAGGGCAUCCUGGACCACCGGCAGCUCCAUGACUUCUCCUCCCCUCCCCACCUCCUGCGGACCCCAAGUGGUGCCUCUACAGUCAGUGUGGGCUCCAGUGAGACCCGGGGCGAGCGUGUUAUUGACGCCGUGCGCUUCACCCUCCGCCAGACCAUCUCCUUCCCACCCCGUGAUGAGUGGAAUGAUUUCAACUUCGACAUGGAUGCUCGUCGCAACAAGCAACAGCGCAUCAAAGAGGAAGGGGAGUGAGCACUACUGUAUGAGCCCUUCCCAAUCUCUUCCCACCUGCCCACCCCACUACAAGGCACUAUUGCUUGACUUUCAAAGCAUUCGCCCUAGCUCCUCUCCUUCCUCUUCUCAGUCUUGUUUCUUAAGGAAAGGAGAAGUAAGAGGCUACCUCUUACCUAAUAUCUGACCUGGCGUCUGAUUCUGAUUCUGGCUUUAAGCCUUCAAAUCUAUUGCUUGCAGGACUGAAGUUGUCAUGACUGGGUAGAAAUCAACAAAAAAGCAGUGGGUGUCUCCUUAAGCUGCAGAGAUCUCUCAUUGACUUUUAUAAAGCAUUUUCACCAUUAUAGUCUAAGACUAUAUAUAUAAAUAUAUAAAUACACAGUAUAUAUUUUUGGGUGGGGGCCAUUGAGUAUUGUUUAAAAUGUAAUUUAAAGGAAAAGAAAUUGAGUUGCACUUAUCCCUCUAUUUUUUUAAUUUACUUGUUUUGGGUGGCUUAUCUAUACCCCCUUUCUCAAGGAGUACCAUGUAUGGUAAUAAGGGUCGGAGCUUGUUGGUACGUGUGAGUGACAAUGACGUAUAGGUCCCUUCAGUUCUUUUGAUGAUAAACACACGCCACGUCAAACUUUUGGAUAGAUCCAGUUGUAUUUACCAUUGCUUAUUAUGUGGGUGAGACUGUAUACAUAUGUACCCAAUUCUCCAUGUUGGUGUAUUUUAUGUUACUGACAUCCCUACUAGUGAUGGUGGUUCACUUUGGGGUUAUUUAGUCCAAUUACAAGAAAAAGUUCAUGUUACACUAUCACACACUAGAGAAAAGGAAAUAUCCUCUCUUGAUUUUGGUUGGGAAUGGGGAGUGUGGGUCAUGGCUACAAUUCUUAAAAGGUUCAUGGUAGCCAGUCCAAAAACACCUGGUAUCAUGAAUCUGAGUAUAUCAGCAACUCCCUCAAAUUUAAUACCAGAUGCCUUAUCUCUUAAUACUUAUUAGGAAAACAUUUGCUGCCAUUACAGAAGCCUUAAAACUAAAUUUCACCGCUACAUUAACUAACUCAAUUACACAUUUGAUACUCUUGUUAGAAUUAAGGUUGAUAUGAUUGGGACGAAUGCCAUCAAUUUAGUUCUUAUAGUGAAGUUGUAAUGUCCAUUAAGAAUAUCCAGGAAAAACAGAAAUCAUACAGAAAUGUUGAAUUUCCACUGAACAGUAAGAGAUCUCAGUGAGCCAUGAAUUGAAAUUCUUGGAAGACUGUUUGAAACAUAAAUAAUGUUAUUUGGUAAAUGUUUCUCUUAAAGACCCUCGUACUCGAUAAAAUUCUGCAUGUAGAAGCUUGUCUCUCUUUUUCUCUUCAAGGUUUAAAAUAGGAGUAGUGAUUUGGAAAAUAUAAAAUCAUGAGAUCAAUUUUCCUGUGACAUCAGUUGCAUUACUGUAUCACUUUUCUUUUUUGAUCAGUAAGAGUUUCACUUUGUUGGAAAGUAACUGUGAGAACCCAAUUACCCGUCCAUCUCUUCUGGACUGUGUGUAGACAUACAAAUGUCCUCACAGAUCAGGGGAUAAGCCUUCCGUGGAAGCUAUUGCUUGAAACACAUAGACAAAGAGUUGUUUUCAGACUUUAGGUAAACAUGUAUAUGACAAUAUUCCCCUAGAUCUUUCAGAAAUAUACUUUGUAGCAAAAUUUUUUUUUUCAAACUAUAAAACAAAUAUGUUGUAUAUAUUCUAAUGAGGUCUAAAAUCCUUCCGUGCAUUCUGGCAAAUGGCUAUCAUUGCACGUAAGCUCCAUUUAUAUUUUAAAGUGCAAAUGGGCUACUAUGGCUCAAAAAUAUAAAGUACGAAUUUUGCCUUAAAAGUGUACAUAUAUGUUUUGUGUGUGAAAUCACAUAUUUUGUGUUUCGAUUAUUUUUUUUUCUUGUUGGGAUAGUGGGUUUUCCAGAACCACCAUUGAAACUUUUUUUAUUAUUAUUAUUGUUUUUAUAUUUUCAUGGAAACGCCAUUUAGUAAAACUACAAUGUCAAAUAAGAAAAAAUCCCGUAACUGUAAUAUGGGGGGAAGGGAAAUUUGUUUUUUAUUAUUUUUUGUUAUUGUGUAUGUUAAAGAGAGUGAGUCCUUGAUUUCAAAGUUUUAUUGUGCUUCAAUGGUAGUAAGCACUGUUAAUUUGUGGAGUAAGCAUGCAGCUUUGAAAACCUAUUAAACAGAAGAAUGAAAGCCGAGCCUGGGAAAUGCUAGGAGAGCAAAUGGCUGGAGAAUGGUAGGAGAGCCACUGUCCUAAGUUUUUGAAUCAACCUAGGACUUUUUCUGAGCUAUUUCAGCAUGAUUCAGGUGGCAGUAGGGACUCAGAAAUUCCUGUACUGUAUCUCUUCAGUUUGGCAUUAGCCAAGACUAGGCGCUACUACUGGCCUCACAUCCUGGUGGCAACUUACGCUCUCUUUGAGUGUUUGGGUAGCUAGGAUAGGGCUGAAAGAAUAUUAAGGACAGACAAGUGUGAGUGGGCUUAAUGGAGUUCUUGUGGCCUCAGCAAAAUGCAGUUAGCUGAAGAAUGGAUAGGUUUUUGUUUGGAGGAGGUUAGAAACAGAAAUGGAGAAUAGAACUCUCUUCAUUAAAUCCAUUUACCUUUUGUUUUCUUGAUAUUCCCGUAAAACAUAGUAUGUGGGGUGUUGAAUGUUAAAGGUUGUGUUUUUUUUAUUAUUUUUAUAAUUGUACCGAAAGAAAGUAAAUGUCAAAUGUUUUAUAUGCUUUAUUAAUGUUUUUGAAAUGUUCGUUCUUAUAUACCUGAUACUUUUUUUUUUUUACGCUUCAGUUGCUUGUCUUUUGGUAUUUUGUGUAAUGGGCUUUUGGUGAGCCAGAGGCAAGUCUACAAGCCACUUAUGUUUGCCAGGACAUGCAAUAAAAUUAAAAAAUAAAU